GCCUCUGCUGACAUUCUGUCUGUCCUACAAGUCAUAAAUGCAAGUGGGCCUCUAUGAUAUUCUGAACCCUUCAUUUCCUUGCUCUUUUCUAUCUUCAACAUGGGUCUCUUUAGUUCGUCAAAAUCAGACCAGCCUCAAACUCCACUCCCAUCUCUCGAGCUCCGUCUCGCCCAUUCAAAAGAUACCGUCAUCAAGCCUGGUAAUACAAUCACCGGAGAACUCACACUAUCAACUACGGUGCCCAUCACCCCGCAAAGCAUCGAGGUAGCCUUCUGGGGCCAAAGCCAGACAUGGCUUCGCACUUCAAGCAGUACCAAUAACUCCACAACCUACUACCAUUUCCGCGACCAAGCGCCCCUUUUCACGGUGACAUGUGAUGUCCUCCCAAAGACUGACGGCGGUGCGCUCCUUCCGGGCCAGCCAUACGUAAUGCCCUUCACGUUCACAACGCCCAUGGGCACCGGCUUCAACCGCGCAGAAGUCUACAAACACCCCGAAGACCCCGUCUUCAUCAUCGGCCCACACGACCUUCCCCCAACCUUCUUCCACGGGCGAAACGGCCCCGACAGACCCGACCAAUGCUCCAUCUCCUACGGCGUAACUGCUCACCUCACCUGCGCCAGCCUCCCCGCCGGCGGGCACUCCUGCACCGCCCCCGUCCUCUUCGCGCCCCUGAACCCCUACACGCACAUCCAGCACCCGAACCGCCACCGCUACGCGAAGAAGCUCGCGCUCUCCAGCUCCGUGCUCGCCGGGGCCGCGGCCGCGAGCGUCGGCUUCCGGCAGUCGCUGAAGGACAAACUCUCGUCGCAGACACCGCGGCUGGACUUCGAGCUCGCGGUCGAGCUCCCGGAUCUCCUGCGCUCGGGCGCGGAGUUCGCGUUCAGGAGCUCGUUCGCCGUGCUCAGCAAAACGGAGAACGUGACGCGUGUGCCUGAGAUUACGUUUAAAGUGCUGAAGUUAGAGUUGCUAGAUUUCACGCUCUUCCGCGCGCCCCGCGACUGGGCGGCGGCGAAUACGAUGUCUGGCGGGCCGUCGAGGUGGCGGGAUGGCACGCCGCGGUCGAGUUUUCGGACGGAGCACAGUGGGUAUGGGGAGAGUAAGACACUACUCAACGCGGUGCCGGAGAGUGAGACGGUGGAGCUGCCGGAGGUGCUGGCAGAGAAGGCGGAGAAGAGGAUGGUGCAAGCGGGGGAGUGUGAGGCGUGGUUUACGGGGCGGGUGCCGGGAUUUACGCCGCCGAGUUUCCAGAGCUUUGCGGUUACGAGGACGUAUCGGUUUAAGGUCAAGAUGAGGGUGGAGGUUGGGGGAAAGAAUUUUGAUUUUGUGGUUGAGGGGGGUGAGGUCGUGAUGGGGAGUGCGUGAUGGGUGGAGAGUGGGUUUGGGGAGAUGUAUUUUACUUGUAUGGAAUUUGGAGAUAGGACUAAGGUAUUGCCGUU